AUGACCUUGAAAACCUUUGGAACAUGAAGGUCGUAUCCUUUUGGCCCCCUCGAUUUUACCCAGUAUUCGGUGUUUGCGUUGCAAACAUCCCAACUCCAUUAAAUCCUUCUAAAUUUGACGACCCUUGACCUCUAUUUAAUCCUUUGUCCUCCCCCUCCCUGAACACCUUUGAUUGAUCUGACUAAUAAAGACAGAGUGACAUAAGAAAUGGGUUGGGCUAAGGUACCGUUUCUCUUGGUGGCCCUCCAGGCCAUCACCCUUUUAUUAUUGCCAAAGAGAGCCACCGCAGAUAAUGUUUGUGAUGGCAAGGAUUGUGGGCAGGGGAUCUGCAAGCCAUCAGACGGUAUGUUUGGGUAUGUGUGUGAGUGCAAACCCAACUGGUCUCAGUUCCACAUUGGAGACUAUUUGCGCUUCCUCCCCUGCACAAUUCCCGGGUGUUCCAUCAAUUACUCUUGCAACAAUGAAUCCUCAGCUCUGGCACCCUCACCACCCUCCCCACCACCAAAUGGAUCCAUCUUUGAUCCAUGCCGUUGGUCCUAUUGUGGAGGCGGUACAUGCGUAAAGACAUCAACUUUCAGUCACCGUUGUGAAUGUAAUGAGGGUUACUUCAACCUUGUCAACGUCAGUAGCUUGCCAUGCAUAAAAAAUUGUUCUCUUGGGGUAGACUGUGCAGAGAAAGGGAUCUUGCCAAAUGCCUCAUCUCCAUCUCCACCUCCACCUCCACCUCCAUCUACGUCUCCACCUUCUCCUCCACCUCCCACCGGCAAUUCAUCAAGUGAUGAUGAUAUUUGCAAUGGCAAGGACUGUGGGCAAGGAACCUGCAAGCCAUCGGACAGUCUGUUUGGGUAUGUGUGUGAGUGCAUACCCAACUGGUCUCAGUUCCACAUUGGAGAUCAUUUGCGCUUCCUCCCCUGUAUAAUUCCUGACUGUUCCCUCGAUUACUCUUGCGACAACAAAACCUUGGCUCCGGCACCUUCACCACCCUCAGCACCACCAAAUGACUCCAUCUUUGAUCCAUGCCACUGGUCCUACUGUGGAGGCGGUACAUGCAUAAAGACAUCAAUUUUCCAUCACCAUUGUGAAUGCAAUGAGGGUUACUUCAACCUUCUGAACAUCAGUAGCUUGCCAUGCAUAAAAAAUUGUUCUCUUGGGAUAGACUGUGCAGAGAAAGGGAUCUUGUCAAAUGCUUCAUCUCCAUCUCCAUCUCGAUCUCAAUCUCCCACGGGCAGUUCAUCAGAUUCCAUUAUUUCAAGCAGCCUGAUAUGGUUCUUCAUAUCAAUGUUUUGUCUCUUAAUGCUUUGAGCAAACUUGGAACUCAGAUCAUUAGAGUUGAGAUUCUUCGCCUGACUUUCGGCGUAUCAACAUGUGGUUUUUAUCUACAGAAGAUAUUUACAUCAUCCCCUUGUUGGUCUCUCCCUCUCUCUGUGUGUGUGUGUGUCUUAGAUUUCAUGCGAACAAUAUUUAAAGUACCCUGUACUUGUUGAACUUGGAGUUUUGGAUUCAAGUUCUUGUAUUAGAAAAUGGUGAUAUAUAGAAAAAUGCAUGU